AAGGUAUAAAGAGAAGGGUCCCAGCUCCUCUUCAGGUCCCUUGGGCUUUUCUGAGGCUGAGCAGCAGCUAAAACAGAACGCUGAGUGUAUGCCCAGGAUGAUGGCCUAUGGAGAGAGAUUGGGGGGCCCGGCUGUUUCCCCACUCCCAGUCCGUGGGGGGCGCAUGAUGCAUGGGGCAGCCUUUGCCUAUGUGCCCAGCCCCCAAGUUCUGCACAGGAUCCCAGGGACCUCCACCUAUGCCUUCCCCAGCCUGGGCCCCGUGGCUCUUACCGAGCACAGCUGCCCCUACGGGGAGGUUCUGGAGCACCAUGACCCAUUGCCUGCCAAGUUGGCCCUGGAGGAGGAACAGAAGCCAGACCCCAGGCUGGCCCAGAGGCUGCACAAGGCUGGCGUGACACUCUUCAAGGUGCCACUGAUGCUCACCUUCCUCUACCUCUUCGUCUGCUCCCUGGAUGUGCUCAGCUCCGCCUUCCAGCUGGCUGGAGGAAAGGUGGCUGGUGACAUCUUCAAGGACAAUGCCAUCCUGUCCAACCCAGUGGCGGGGCUGGUGGUAGGGAUCCUGGUGACCGUGCUGGUGCAGAGCUCCAGCACGUCCACAUCCAUCAUUGUCAGCAUGGUCUCCUCUGGCUUGCUAGAGGUGAGCUCUGCCAUCCCCAUCAUCAUGGGCUCCAACAUCGGCACCUCUGUCACCAACACCAUUGUGGCUCUGAUGCAGGCAGGGGACAGGACUGACUUCCGGCGGGCCUUUGCAGGGGCCACGGUACAUGACUGCUUUAACUGGCUGUCAGUUCUGGUCCUGCUGCCCCUGGAGGCUGCCACCGGGUACCUGAACCAUGUCACUCAACUGGUGGUUGCCUCCUUCAACAUCCAUGGCGGCCGAGAUGCCCCUGACCUGCUCAAGAUCAUCACAGAGCCCUUCACUAAGCUCAUCAUCCAGCUGGACAAGUCCGUGAUCACCAGCAUUGCUACUGGUGACGAAUCCCUGAGAAACCACAGUCUUAUCCGGAUCUGGUGCCGCCCAGACCCCAUGGAGGCUGCCACCCCCAUGCCCAGGGCAGAGGCCAACACCAGCCGGAUCCUUGGAAACAUCACUAUGGAGAAAUGUAACCACAUCUUCGUGGACACAGGGCUGCCUGACCUGGCCGUGGGGCUCAUCCUUCUGGCUGGCUCCCUGGUGCUGCUAUGUACCUGCCUCAUCCUCCUCGUCAAGAUGCUCAACUCUCUGCUCAAGGGCCAGGUGGCUAAGGUCAUUCAGAAGGUUAUCAACACUGACUUCCCUGCCCCUUUCACCUGGGCCACAGGCUACUUCGCCAUGGUGGUGGGUGCCGGCAUGACCUUUGUUGUCCAGAGCAGUUCUGUGUUCACCUCAGCUAUCACCCCUCUCAUUGGCCUGGGUGUGAUCAGCAUUGAGCGGGCCUACCCCCUCACACUGGGCUCCAACAUUGGCACCACCACCACGGCCAUCCUGGCUGCACUGGCCAGCCCAAGGGAGAAGCUGUCCAGUGCGUUCCAGAUCGCUCUCUGCCACUUCUUCUUCAACAUCUCGGGCAUCCUGCUGUGGUACCCGGUGCCGUGCACGCGCCUGCCCGUCCACAUGGCCAAGGCCCUGGGCAAGCGCACGGCCAAGUACCGCUGGUUUGCUGUCCUCUAUCUGCUCCUGUGCUUCCUGCUUCUGCCCUCGCUGGUGUUUGGCAUCUCCAUGGCAGGCUGGCGGGCCAUGGUAGGGGUGGGUGCACCAUUUGGGGCCCUGCUGGCCUUCGUGGUGCUCGUCAGCGUCCUGCAGAGUCGCAGCCCUGGGCACCUGCCCAAGUGGCUGCAGACGUGGGACUUCCUGCCCCUCUGGAUGCACUCCCUGCAGCCCCUGGACCACCUCAUCACCCGUGCCACUUUGUGCUGUGCCAGGCCUGAGCCCCGCUCACCCCCUCUGCCAGCCAGGGUCUUCCUGGAGGAGCUGCCCCCUGCCACGCCCUCCCCCCGGCUGGCAUUGCCUGCUCGCCUCAAUGCCACUCACCUCUAGCCGGUGCCCAGACUGCCACCUGGGGCAGAGAAGGGCCUACACCUGGUGCCCAGGAUAGAUGGGCAGAGCGGUGUUUCUGUGCACUCUGGGCAUGCGCCUGUCAUUGUGCAGGUCCUCAGAAGCCUGGGCUUGUAUGUCUGAGAGUCGGGGUGUGUACAUGUGAGGACAUGUUCGGGUGAGUCCAUGUGUCAGCCUGUAUGUGUGUACUGAUGCCCCUGUGAGGGACUGUGUGCAGGCUGCGGGGUGCCUGAGUAUGAUUUUGAGUCCUUUGUACAUGUGCUGGGAGACUGGGCUUAUGUCCUUGUGUACACAGAACUCCAACUGGGCUGGUCUAGAGUAAGGGUGGGUCUGAGUAAGUGACUUGCAGCUGUUUGCUUGUGUAUAGAUGUGGGUGUGAGUCACUGGCUGAAUUCUCACCCCCUCCCUGCAACCUUCUUUCCUCCAUGAUACCAUUCUCAUCAUUCACACCCAGGUUUGCUAGGCCACCACUACUACAAUCCUAUUCCCCAACACUGCCUGAUGAAAAGGAAUUAAACUCUCAUUAUGCAUUUGCAAA